GCGCUCGUCUGCUGGGCAUCAGCGUUCGCUUUCAUCUCGCUGAGAGCUCCAUGUCCCGAGCGGCUCUGCACACAUCGCCCGGCCCCAACCCGCAGGAUCCCGGGCCCGGCGAAUGGGUCUUGGAGGCGACCCCAUGGUCCAGAAUCGAGAACGACCCAGGCCUGUUCACGGAGAUGGCAGCCAAGAUGGGCAUCGAGGGAAUACAGGUCGAGGAGGUUUUCACGCUUGAAGCCGACGAUCUGGCGGCUUUUGGGACUAUCUAUGGAUUGAUCCUAUGCUACUCUCUUUCCGAGGAGAGCGAUGCCUCGGACCACGACGAGCAAUCAGCUGUGGAAUCAGAUAUGGAUUUGACCGAGACCGAGUCGGAGCCAGAGUCGGAGCCAGAGCCAAAACCACAGUCGGAGCCGGAGCCAGAGCCAACAGCGAAUCUGUUCUUUGCAAGACAGCUUAUCGACAAUGCGUGCGGUACCCUGGCCCUGAUCAACAUUGUCUGCAACGCAGCUGGCGCAAUACGAAUCGGCCCGACGCUGGAGGCAUAUCGAGAGUUUGCACAGGACUUUACUCCAGCGCAAAAAGGAGCGGCUCUCAGCAAUCUGCAUUUCAUCCGGGAUAUCCACAACAGCUUCCACUCGCAAAUCGCACGGUUCGACGACUGCGACUGGACAGAGGAAGAUGGCGAGUCGCAGGAAAAGGACUCGGAAGCCGAACCCGACUACCACUUCGUGAGCUUUGUGCCGCUGAAAGGAAGCGUCUAUUGCAUGGAUGGUCUGCAGACGGCGCCGACAGUGAUCGGACCUGUAGAGCCGGACUGGGUUCGGACUGCCCUCGAGUUUAUCCAGAAGAUGCUCAGGGAUAGCAGUCAAGGGUCUUUUGGGAUGGGCUUCAGUCUGCUCGCGGUCGUCCAGGAUCAGAUAGCGAUGCUUGAGGAGCAGGUGCAAGAAUCUAAGCGUCAGUACCGGAGUAUCCGCUCCGCCUUGGCCUCCACCAAGCCGACGAUACAAAAUAGGGCUCGUCAUUCGAGGAGAAGUGCAUAUGAUGAUGCAAGGUCGGAGACGCAUCCAAAUCAGCCCAGCGACGACCACAAGCUCGGGACCGAGGAGCACCAGGCGGGACACAUCAGGGAGAGUAUUCGAGAGCUCGAGUCCAAGCUCGCUCAAGAGAAAGAAAAGCGUCGAUGCCACCAGGAGCAGAACGCCCUCCGGCGAUUCGACUACUCCGAGUUUAUCGCAGCGACAGUGACUCGGCUCAUUGAACGGGGGCUGCCGAGCAGGUUUACCACAACCAAGAGUGCAAAAAAGCAACGUUCUGCCGGAGCUGCCGACAGGCGGUGAUGAGAGAUGUUUGCCGCGGGGUUCUCUAUGCUGCGUUUCAUCCGAGACAUACCUUAUUCCGGCAUUUCGGACGCUAUCCCAUUUCAAUCGAAGAUGUCGCCAGUGAUAGUCUGCAUUCGUUUGCAAUGAACACUGAUCGUCCCACACAUGGUGCUCUGGGACAUUGUUUGGCCAUGGGUGGAUGGGUGGAUUC